AUGGCGGCUCCCCCCGCCAGCAACGGCGUCGGCGACUUCCGAGCCUCCGCCCCUCUCCUCCGAUCACUCUCGACCUCGACCCUCGGCCCCGCGAGCAUCUCCCCCACACACUCCACAUCGGCGUCGUCACGGCCCUCGGGCCGGAGGCGGCACCGCGGCGGCGGCGGCGUGGCCGUGUCGCGGGCCGUGUCGUUCGCGUCGGCGCUCCUGUCGGCGCUGUGCGCCGGCUCCGUCACCGUCUUCAGCCUCUACGGCCACAUCUUCCAGGAGCGCCUGCACUACUCGCAGUUCCAGGUCAACGGCCUCGCCAUCGGCCUCGCCGUCGCCCUGUACCUGCCCGUGCCCCUGCUGGGCCUCGUGUGCGACCGCGUCGGCCCCGCGCCCCUGUCCCUCCUGGCCGCCGUGCUGUUCGCCGCCGGCUACGGCUUCGCCGCGGGGCUGUACCGCUGGGCGGCUAGCGACCCGGCAGCGCGCGGCGCCGGGGGGGAAGCACCCUGGGCGUAUCCGGCCAUGGUCGCUGCGUUCGUUGCCAUCGGCGUGGCCACCUGCUCCAUGUACCUCAGCGCCGUGGCGACGUGUGCCAAGAACUUCGGCAGGGGCCGGCACCGGGGCCUGGCGCUUGCGGCACCCAUCGCGGCGUUCGGCCUCAGCGGCAUGUGGGAAAGCCAGGUUGGGAGUCGACUGCUAUACGAGACGCUGCCGGACGGGAGCAGGGGAGACGUGGAUGUGUUUCGCUUCUUCGUCUUCCUCGCCGCGCUCCUGUUUGUCGUGGGGAUUAUUGGUACCUUUGGUCUGAGCAUCGUCGAUGAGAAGGACCUCAUCGAUGACGCCGUGGAAGAGUUGGAACGCAGCGGGAUCCUGGACGGGAGCAGCGCACUCUUCAGCCCCGGUCGGCCGAAUAGGGGAUAUGGUGCCAUUGAAUACUCCAACCCCUUCGGUGAUGAGGACGACGCUGGCAUUCUCGGGUCUUCCCACGACACUGAUGGUGAGGAGGCACGGAAGACGAAGGACCGGGUGCUCAACGCCGAGACCAGGAGGUUUUUGACGGAUCACACCAUGUGGUUUUUUGCGUUCGGCUUCUUCUUUAUGAUCGGGCCCGGAGAGGCAUUCAUCAACAAUCUCGGAACGGUCAUCAAGACUCUCUAUCCACCGGCGCUUAAUUUCGUCGGGACUCCAACGUCUGCAGCCACGCACGUCUCCAUAGUUGGCGUCACCAGUACGGUUGCCCGACUACUCACCGGCACCUUAACGGACAUGUUGGCGCCCAGUCCACAGGCAACACACGUCCAGAUCAUGUCUUCGCAGACCCUGCAGAGGAAACGCUUCUCCGUCUCGCGGGUCGCAUUCCUACUCUUCUUCGCCGUCAUUCUGUCGCUAGGCUUGGUGUCGCUCGCGUCGGGCUUCAUCCAGAAUCACGGGAAUCGCUUCUGGAUAGUGUCGGGGUUGGUGGGGGCCGGAUACGGCGCCGUGUUCAGCCUUACACCGAUCAUCAUCACUGUCAUCUGGGGUGUCGAGAACUUCGCGACGAACUGGGGUAUUGUCGCCAUGUUCCCUGCCCUUGGCUCCACGAUGUGGGGGCUUGUCUACUCUGCUGUGUAUCAGGCCGGAGCCAGGAGGCCGUCUGAUGCGGCAGGGGGCGAUAACGAAGAUGACAUAUUCUGCUACGGCGCUCAGUGUUAUGCCGCGACUUUCUGGGCCAUGGCGGUCAGCGUCUGGAUUGCGUGUGCUUUGGUUUUGUGGGCCUGGAAGGGCAGAAAUGGUUGGCAUUAUUAUCUAGACUGCUCUGUAUAUCUAUGUAUACGUAGCAUCCAUGGGCGGAAUACUUGCCCUUUCUUUUGUAUAAUUUACUCAAGUGCGCCUUCAUGGUCUCGAUAUCCCACCCAUGAUUCGACAAUGACAUCCGCGGUCACCAUUCCGGAACGGCGCCGAGCCAGGCCGAAGCAGGCAAAGAGCAAAGCGCAAGAUGAGCAGGUCAUGGGCACAAACAACAGCAGUAUAGUGUCCAAGCGUAGUGUCGAGAGGCUGUACUAUCCCAACGAUGCUCACUUCUUUCGGUUCUUCGUCAAGAAAUUCCAACGGAGAGCGCCUUUGAUCAACAGGGGCUACUUUCUCCGACUCCAUGUUAUCGAUGUUAUCGUACGCAGCUUUCUCAUGAGUCAGGGCGACAGACAGAAGGUUGUGGUGAACCUCGGGUGUGGGAGUGACGUCCUUCCAUGGCAGUGCAUGGACCGAUAUCCAAGUUACUGUGAAAACGCCACGUUUGUCGAUAUAGACUUCCCUGAGCUUAUGAAUAAGAAACGGGAGACGGUAUUGAGCACUCCUGAACUCAGAGCCUGUCUCACGGGUCUCGAGACCAGCGACGACUCUCCAGUUUCGCUCAAGAGUGACCAGUACUAUCAAGUCGGCUGUGACCUCGGUCAUAUAGACGUACUUCAGGCCUCUUUGUCUAGCAUCGUUGACCUCUCGGCCUGCUGUUUUCUCUUUGUUGCCGAAGUCUCCAUCACUUACAUGGAGACGGAAGCAGCGGAUGCUCUUGUACGAUGGACUAGCACCCUUGGUCAUACUGAGUUCUGUCUUCUCGAACAAAUCCUCCCAGAUGGCCCAGACCACCCGUUCGCGAAAACCAUGAUCUCUCACUUCGAGAAGCUCAACACGCCGCUGAAGUCAGUCCACACAUAUCCGACUCUCCGAGACCAAGUUUCCCGCUUCUCCUCCCGAGGCUGGAGUUCUGUUGUAGCAUGGACCUUGUGGGAAGCCUGGGCCAACAGUGCCUUCCUCACACCCAGCGCACGGCGAGAGCUGGACGACGUGGAACCAUUUGACGAGUGGGAAGAAUUUGCUCUGUUUGGCAGCCAUUACUGUGUUGUUCAUGCAAAGAGUCGCGAGGACCUCCCGGCCCUCAAACCCCCUCCUUUGGAGGGGAAGACCCAGUUCCCAGUUGAGCGGAUCAUGAUGGAUUAUCAAGAGCAUCCGGGCCAAAAGAGGCAACGUCGCUUUGGGGUUGCAAUGUCGCUGGAGAGUCCAUUGGGCGAAAGAUUCAUUGCCAAUGUCAUGGGUUCAGGAAAUAGCUCACGCCUCUCUUCUUCUGACCUCUACAGAACUAGCGAGAUAUCGGGGGAUAUCGUUGUUAAUGGCCAUGGCCCAGCUGGACGGAUGUGCCAUACCUCGACUGAGAUUGGCUCCAGCCGAGUGCUUAUUGUUGGAGGUCGCACGUCACCUACCAACCCCUUGAAAGACUGUUGGCUGUUUGCCAGGGGGACAAACCGGUGGGAGAGAUCCCAUGACCUGCCAAUCCCCCUAUACCGUCAUUCCGUCACCGGGCUUCGAAAAUCGUUCUUGGUACUGCUUAUCGGAGGCAAAACCGGUGCUUCGACCAUCUUCGGGGGCUGUCUCCUUUUCCACCCAGAAAGGGGUUGGAGAAAAUGUAAUAUUUCCGGCUACCCAUACCAACCUGUGUUCGGUGCGAAUUUUGUCUGGACAAGUCGAGAGAGCACCACAAAGCAUAGUGGCCUCCUUGUUGGCGGGAUCUCAGCAGAUGCUGAGAUUGCAGAACAGCUACUAUCUUGGACAUUGGACCUGGCCGACUUGGACAAACCGGUUAUCUCUUUCCAGAACUUGUCCAUGCCUACUACUAUUCAGCGGAGGUUGCUGAAUAGGUUCGGCGCAAUGCCUUUCUAUCGUGACGGGAAUCUCAUCCUCGUUGGUGGCGUCUCCAAAGACCACCUACUUUCUUGGGAACAGGAAAUCCUGGGGUGUGAGGUGGCAUCAAGAUCGUUCGAUAUGCACUGCAAGCUUCCUGAGCCUGACAUGCCUGGCGUUAGACCGACAGAGCGCCCACUGUUGGUUGGCCACUCAGCCGAAAUAUCAGAGGAUGGAAGUAUCGAUGUCCUUGGCGGAGGGGCAACUUGCUUUUCCUUUGGGACCUUCUGGUCACUAGGAGCUUAUACCAUCCAUACAGAGCGGUCCUGUAAUAGCAGAUCGCCAAUGGUAUUCCACAAGACUGUUGAGAUACUACCAGAGAUCGAGACAAGUCGGGGACCUCCACGACUAGGAGACGGGCCCCUCGAAGCGAAAAUCACCACGAUCCCUCGAGUGACCAUCAAAUCCAGCGAAGAUUUCCAGAUGCUACUCCAAGAUGGGCAACCAGUAGUCCUUCAGGGACUGGAUCUUGGCCCAUGCACCACGCAAUGGACCCUAGACCUGCUUUUAGAUAAAGUCGGGAGAGAUCAUCAGGUCGUAGUCCACGAGUCAUCUUCCCGGGGGAUGGAUUUCAACACCAAGAACUUCCGAUACGUGACCAAGACAUUUGUAGAUUUCGCCGCUGAGGUCAAGGAAGGCCGACGGGUUUAUCUCCGGGCGCUGUCGGCCGCAGGGCCGGCCGACUUGCCAGCCAACCUAGCGAGAGACUUCCCGAGCCUCGCGCCGGAAUUUGUGCUUCCAGCCGAGCUAUCCUUUGUCUCGGACAACACAUUCAGUUCCGUUCUACGGAUAUCUGGUCCGGUCAAUAUGUGGUUGCAUUACGACGUGAUGGCAAACGUGUAUUCCCAAAUCAGUGGCUCAAAAAGGCUUCUGCUAUUCCCCCCGUCUGACGUCCAACACCUCGGCUUUGCACCUGGCGCAUCCAGCUCGAGUAUCGACGUCUUCUCAAGCUUGGACUCCCCGUCGUUAGGGAGCACGCAUCCCCACGAAGCCGUCUUGUCUCCCGGGGAUGUCCUAUUUCUCCCACCCCUGUGGCUCCAUGCUGCCACUCCGACGUCAGACGUCAGCGUUGCCGUCAACGUAUUCUUCCGCGACCUCGCGGGAGGCUACUCCACGGGCCGGGACAUCUACGGCAACCGAGACUUGGCCGUGUACGAGAAGGGCCGCCAGGACAUCGGCCGGCUCGUGAACGGCUUCCAGAAACUCCCGGCUUCGGUGAGAGAGUUCUAUCUCCUGAGGUUGUCGGACGAACUCCGGCAUAAAUCCAAAGGCUGAAUUCACAGGGGGGAGGGAGAGCCCUUCUCGGACCGCCCUCGUUGCCAGCUACUCGGCCUUUGGCGACGACCGUAUCCUCAUCCUCAGCCAUGCCCACCAUCUCCGGACUUGGUAUCCGACCGGUUCCCCGUCCUCCCUCGCCUGCUCCAGCCCUCCCCUCCGCAUCCCGCCGGGCAGGAGCCACCAGACGAACGAGACGAAGACAAGUGUCGCCAGCACGAUCGGCUGCAGUUCGCCGACGCCUCUCCUCUCGGCGACGGCGCCGACGGCGAAGGGGAACAGCGCGCCGCCGCCGCCGCCCAUUGCGGCGGCGAACCCGAUGGCCGAGACGUGGUACCCGCUGGGCAGCAGCUUCGCGGCGGCGACGAUGGCGG